AUGCCUGCAUCUUUUCUUCCAAUCACACUGUUGUCAUCCUCAACGAUCUGUAAAUCCCCAGCACCAUCGCCACUCUCACUACCUCUAACAACCCACCAUCGAAACUCUAACUAUAUAUCGACUAGAUCUAACCACGACACUCACCGACGCUUUCAUCUCCACUACUUACAUCAAAAUUACAGAAAACCUCAAACUUACAUCGUUUGGGGCUUUUAUGGUCUGAUUUGAAGUUCGUGCAAUGAUAAUUCACAGAUCUGGGUGUAUUUGUGUGUGCAGAUGUAUCAGUAUGAAGUGGCAAGAACAAGAUAAUGGAGGACCAAAGAACUUAAUUUGUAAUUGAAUUCGUACAUUCAAGUUUUUGGUUUUGGUUAACAGAUAUGAGAUUAUCAAGGAGAUUAUCAAGAGGAAGAUAGAUUUGAUUAUUUUUUGCUUUAAAUUGUAUGUUAAAUAAAAAUAGCUUAUUUACUCAAUAUCUUUUUUGUUUAGGAUUUUUAAUCAGAAUUGUUCAUUAUGAUUUGAAAGUGCAUCGAUACUAUGAAAAUUGACAACA